UACCAACUAGAGGGAUAAGGCGCAGCUCAGUGUUGAGAAAAUGAAGACUUUGAGACACCCGUCUAUUCUGAACUACAAUGAAGGAAUGGAGUCUGAUAAUAAAAUAUAUGUCGUUACUGAGUUUGUUGUGCCAUUAAAGCAGUAUAUUCGACAACUCGAUCGGGCUCACUUAAAUAACUUUAUUUGCUGUGGUUUUUCCCGCCUUAUUAAUUUGUUGAUUUUUUUGAACGAGACUCACCUUUUGGCACACAACAACGUCUGUCUGGACUGUGUAUUUGUCAACAAUGCUGGGGACUGGAGAAUUGGCGGGCUUGAGUAUAUGACACACGUCAACGAGUCGACACGAGUAAUUGAUCUUGGAGGGAAAAGUUUAAAAAUCAAUACUUUUCCGCGGGAAAUUAAAAAUAAAAUAAUUAAAAGGUCAUUGUUCAAGAAAAGAUACCAUCGUUUUGAUAUUCGCGAAAUCAUGCCAUUACUAGUCUUGUAUUUUUUGAUUAUCUGUCUUUCAAAUAAUCUCUUCUUCAAUGUCAAUUUAGCAAUCCUUAAUUUUGUUUCGUAG